AUGAAAUGCCUUCUCAAUCAAUUAUCACUUCUUCACCCUCCCAAUUUCCCUAAUUAUUUCAAGAAUACUCACAUUCUCAAUCCCCCUUCUCUCCACUCCGCUUUUUGGGGUUCAAAUUCGAAGAUAAAUUUUCGUAGGUCGGGAUUUUGUAGUGAAGUAAAAGCAAUGGCAUCAACAGCUAAAAUUGUGCAAGACCCAGAAUCUAUAUCCUAUUUAAAUCAACGAGAGGCAGCGGAAGUUGAUGAAAUUCUCAUGGGUACACUUGGGUUCAGCGCGGAUCAGUUAAUGGAAUUAGCUGGUUUGAGUGUGGCUACUUCAAUAGCUGAGGUCUACAAAUCAGGUGAACAUAAUCGUGUUCUUGCUAUAUGUGGUCCUGGGAAUAAUGGCGGCGAUGGUCUUGUAGCUGCUCGUCAUUUAUAUCAUUUUGGCUAUAAGCCAUUUAUUUGUUACCCAAAGCGUACUCCUAAGCCUCUUUACAGUGGCCUGGUGACACAGUUAGAGUCGCUGUCCGUUCCUUUCCUGUCAGUGGAAGAGCUGCCGGUGGACUUGUCAAGCAGCUUCGACAUUCUAUUAGAUGCAAUGUUUGGGUUCUCAUUCCAUGGUACCCCAAGGCCACCUUUUGAUGAUAUGAUAAAAAGGCUGGUCACUUUAGGAAAUCCCAACCAAAAGCAUCAGAAGUCACCUGUCAUUGUCUCUGUAGAUAUUCCUUCUGGAUGGCAUGUCGAAGAAGGAGAUCUUAGCGGUGAAGGCAUUCAACCUGACAUGCUGGUUUCCUUAACUGCUCCUAAGUUGUGUGCCAAAAAGUUUUCUGGUCCGCACCACUUUCUAGGUGGCAGAUUUGUCCCUCCACCUAUUGCAGACAAAUUCAAGCUUAACCUUCCAGCAUAUCCUGGCACUUCUAUGUGCGUCCGAAUUGGGAAGCCUCCACAAGUAGACAUAUCAGCUCUAAGGGAGAACUAUAUAUCUCCAGAGUUUUCUGAGGACCAGGCUGAGGCCGACCCCUUUGAUCAGUUCCAAAAAUGGUUUGAUGAUGCUGUGGCAGUAGGCCUGAAGGAACCAAAUGCUAUGGCCCUUUCCACAACUGGAAAGGAUGGGAAACCAUCAUCGCGAAUGGUAUUGCUAAAAGGAGUUGACAAAGACGGUUUUGUCUGGUAUACCAAUUAUGAGAGUCAAAAGGCUCAUCAAAUAUCUGAAAAUCCUAGUGCAGCCCUCCUCUUUUACUGGGAUGGUUUGAAUCGUCAGGUAAGAGUUGAAGGGCCAGUGCAAAAAGUAUCAGAAGAAGAGUCAGAGAAGUACUUCCACAGCCGUCCAAGAGGAAGCCAGAUUGGAGCAAUAGUUAGCAAGCAGAGCACUGUAAUUCCUGGACGGCAGUUUCUCCUCCAACAACAGGAAGAGCUGGAGACGAAAUACUCUGAUGGGAGCACUAUUCCCAAACCCAAAUUCUGGGGAGGAUACAGACUAAAACCUGAGCUUUUUGAGUUUUGGCAAGGACAACCUUCUCGCUUGCAUGAUAGGUUGCUUUACUCUCCAAUUGAGACUGAUGGAAUGAGAGUAUGGAAAAUUGAGCGAUUGUCACCAUGA